AUGUCUGUUGCCCCACGCACCAUCAAGGCCCUGGCAUGCUUCGGCAAGAGCGAGCCCGUCCAACUCUGGGAAUAUGAAUCGCGUCCUCUCGGCUCCGAUGACGUAGAGAUCAAAAUCUCGCACUGUGGCAUCUGCGGCUCCGACCUGCACGUCAUCGACAGCGGCUGGAAGCCCACGCUUUACCCGUGCGUCGUGGGUCACGAGAUCGUAGGUGAGGUGACGCUGGCUGGCCCUGAUGUUAAAGACCUCAAGAUGUACAGCACUGCACAUUACUUUGCGUUCACGAUAGCUGCUACAGUGUUUGCGUCCAAGGAACGCCGAUUCAUCUUCAGGAACAAAACGGUUUCAAGCACACCAUCAAAUAUCUUCUUUGCACCGCGCCGCUUUUUUCUAGUCGCCAAGACUCUGUCGGCAAAGCCCUGUGGGCGUCCGUGCCUGGUGUCCGGUGUCGUAAUUGCGGGUACCGUCUCGAAUGGCUGCAACAUCAGCUCCUGGUCGUUCGUCAGCUCGUCCACGGCGCCUGACAGGGCUACAACGCACGCUCGCUCGAAGUCCCGUAUUUGCGUCGGCAGCAAGAUACUUUUUCACAACGGAAUGCUUCUCGAUGAGCGCAUCAAAGAUAUCGCGCACAUCGAGAAGCGUUACGUUGUCGUCUUGAAGCGUCAUGGUGGCCGAGUGGAGGUCGCCAAGCUGGCACAGCAAUACAAUGAUUAUUUCGGAAUGCCUGUCUGGGCCUGCCUCAACAAGGACCCCAAGAACCCGUGCAAGGACUGCGCCAAGGGUGCCGACGCCUACUGCCGCGGUAUUGUGAGCACGUACAACUCCAAAUACCAAGACGGCAGCCUAACUUACGGCGGCUACGCUGAAUACGUGCGUGUACUGAGCCCGUACGCCUUUAAGAUCCCGGAGAGCAUCCCAUCAGACGCUGCCGCUCCGCUAUUGUGUGCUGGUACGACCGUGUUCACUCCGUUCAAGGAGGCAGGUUUGAAGGCCGGUGACCGUGUGGGUAUUGUCGGUAUCGGAGGUCUGGGUCACUUGGCUAUUCAAUUCGCUAAAGCCAUGGGGGCAGAAGCUGUGGUGGCCUUCUCGCGCUCGUCUAAUAAGGAAAAGGAAGUGCUCGACUUGGGCGCCGACGAGUUCGUCAACUACUCGGACCCGGAGCAGGCCAAGGCAGCUGAAGACUCGGUGGACAUUCUUCUGGUCACGGCUGAUGCCGACGGUAUGCCGUAUCAGCUCUUCUUGAGUUUCCUCGCCUCGCGUGGCACGUGCAUCAUGGUUGGUCUACCCAACGACGAGGUCCACUUCAAACCGGCUCAGGUGGUCAUGAAAGGCGCGAAGUUUGUGGGCAGCCACAUUGGCAGUAUCCAGGACGUGAAGGAUAUGCUGGCGCUAGCAGCCGAGAAGAAUGUUCGCCCGGUUAUUCAGACGUUGCCCAUGAGCAAGGCCAACGAGGGCAUCCAGAUGCUGCGUGACGGCAAGGUCCGAUACCGCGUCGUGCUUGAGAACUAG